GGGAAGAGGAGAGGAGCAAUGAUUGCUUACGACCCCAAGAACUGGACCAUUUUCCUCCGCUAUGUCCUCCCCUCGUCCGGCUCUGUCCUCUUUCUCGUCUGGCCACAAGUCCUUCUCACCUUUGUCACCUCCGUCAUCAUUGUUAUCGUCAACGAGCACUCGUCUGGCUCUGACUCGGCGCGCACGGGCGUGGUUGUCCCACCCAAUGCUCACAAACUUGUCGGCUCAACGCUGGCGUUUCUGAUUGUGCUGAGGUCGCGGCUGGCGCUGGUGCGGUACGGUGAGGCGCGGAUGUGGCUGGGCAAGAUGUCCAAGGCUGUGCGUAAUGUGUCGCGGGAGAUUUCUGACUAUGAGAGCUCGCUGCUGGCUAUGGAGCUGUCUCGGUAUCUGCGGCUGUUUAUGGCGCUGACCCGGCUGCAGCUCCGCGACGAGACACACUUGUUUGGCAACCCGAAGUAUGUGGCGCCCGAGCUGUACACUGCCGAUGAGAAGAAGAUUUUGGAGGGUGUGGCGCGGCGCCCGCUCAAGAUCCUGGGGUGGAUGGAGGCGACGGUCGACGCCAUGUCGCAGGCCGGGCUCAUCUCGCAAUUCCGCGAGUUCCAGUUUGUGACCCACAUCGAGACGCUCGGGCAGUCGUUCCAGGGCUCGAACAAGAUCCGUGCACUCCAGCUGCCGCUGCCGUACGCGCAGCUCCUCACUUACUUUCUGGGCCUCUACGUCUACACGCUGCCGUUUGUGCUGGUGGCCACCAUGGGCCGGGCAACGCCGAUUGUGGCCGGCCUCUUUGCCAUCAUUCUCUUCGGCAUCAACUCGGUUGCCAAGCAACUGGCGGACCCGUACGGGUAUGACGCCAACGACCUGCCUAUUGACCAGCUCGAGAACGCCGUCGCCGAAGACGUGCAGUACGACCUGCACCGCAACGGCCACGUCGCCACCGAGGGCAACAUCCGCCUCGACAUCGACACCGAGUACUCGUCAAAGUCGGUCGACCUCAUCGACACAUCCGACGACGGCCUGAUGGUCUGAAGGUCCACUGCUUCUGCAUGCAUGCUUGCCGGCCCGCCUCUCCACUUGCCAUCGCCCUGCCCCG